UUAGAGUCAGGGCCGCUGUUGGCCAUAGAAACCCAACCUGCUUCAGAAUGCUUUAAAAUGAAGUUUUCAUCAGGAAAUGUUUUGCCGAACAAACUUAUUCCUGUUAAACAUAAUUUAAUGUUGGACAAAGUCUCAUGCUCAUGUUAUAGACAAUUUUAUUUAUAUUAUUAA